CGACCUCAUACAUGACUGGAUAGCGCGACUGCUGUUCACGAUGAGGCCUCUCUCCCUCACAAGCUGCCUGGCAGCUCUAGCAAGCUUCGCCAGCGCCGAAUUGAACCUCUCCCAGCCGCUGCAAUCCAAGCAAGUGCUGCCCAGCACAUUCACACCACCCCAGGUAUUCAAGAAUGCCAAUCUCGUCCGCAACACAAACCUGGACAAGGCCUACCCAAGAGAGGUCAUCAAUGUCGUAAUUGAAAACAUUGAUGGAAAGGCGCAGUCGGAAUACUAUCUGCCCUUCGACUCGAGCGUGCUGGCAAAGAUUGGCGGAUUGGAAGUGCGGGACAAGAAGGCGCCUGAGCAGGCCGCCUUCAAGGUCGAGGUUGUAGGCUUCGACGCUGAGAGCUCCGUCGAGUUCUACAAGAUCCACCUCCCCAAACCCCUCGCCCCCAAGGCGCAGCAGACCAUCAGCAUCUCCUACUCGAUCCUGUCCACCCUCAAGCCUGUGCCCGCGGAGAUUGCCCAGACAGAGAAGCAGUACCUGCAAUACGACUUCAACGCAUACGCUCCAUCAGCCUACCUGACCGAGAAGCAGCGCACCAAGGUCAAGUUUCCCAACAGCGACAUACCAGACUACACGACCGUCCCCGCCGAGCUCAACGACGAGCAAAAGGCCGACCCCCAGAAGCAGGGCUCUACCUUCACCUAUGGACUCUACAACAAUGUGCCCGCUGGAGCUCAUCACCCCGUAAGCGUGCGCUACGAGUACACCAAGCCCAUCAUGCAAGCAACGCUUUUGGAGCGCGAUCUCGAAGUCUCGCACUGGGGCGGUAACCUGGCCACGGAGGAGAGGUACUGGCUCGUCAACCAGGGUGCAGCACUCAAGAACCACUUUUCGCGUGUCGAGUGGCAGAAGCAAUCAUACAUGAACCCCCCAACCUUUGCGCUCAAGGAUCUUAUUGUUCCUCUGGCUCCCGGCUCCGUGGACCCCUACUUUACUGAUGACAUUGGCAACGUCUCGACCUCCAAGUUCCGUCCAGGCCAAAAGGAUGCCUUGUUGGUGUUGAAGCCACGGUACCCCAUCUUCGGAAGCUGGAAGUACAGUUUCCGCAUUGGCUGGAAUGCUGAUUUGUCUUCGUAUCUGCGCAAGCUCUCUACGGGCGAUACGUACGUGUUCAAGGCUCCUUUUCUCGAGGGACCCCGUUCGGUUGAGGGCAUGUCGUACGGCCGCGUGAACCUUCGCGUCAUCCUCCCCGAAGGCGCUACCAACGUCAAGUUCACGACUACUGUCCCCAUUGUGGCCAAUGAAACCUCGCUGCACAAGACUUUCAUGGAUACUGUGGGCCGCACUGCGCUGACCUUGACUGCCAUCAACCUGGUCGAUGACUUCAGGGACCGCGAGCUGAUUGUCACGUAUGACUACCCCUGGAUUGCGGGAUACCGGAAGCCUAUCGUCAUUACACUGGGCCUGUUUGCCUUUUUGGCGGUUACGUGGGUGUUGGGCAGCAUUGACACGAGCAUUGGCAAGAAGAAGACUGCGUAGACGGGGGGAAGAGAGAAGAGUGUACGAGAUUUGCAAUGUUACAAUAGCUAGAGCAAGGAAAAGUCAUGGGAUUGGAGCAUCGGAAGUAGCUUCGAGCAGGCUUUAGCACGGUUGGGCUAUGAGCGAGUAACGCAAUGUUUUUAUUGUCAUGUAAAGAAGAAUCAAUACCGGAGUUCAAUU